CCAUUUUCCACUUACCAACCCCAUUGAUUAUCGGUUUAUGAGAUUUCAUGCAAUGUCCCUCCUUCACCCAGUCACAUAAUGCCAACUUCAUUUUGAUCAAAGAAAUGAAAAAAGGAAAACGUAAUGUUCAUUACCUUGGAUUUGAUCCCAUGUGAGCACCAGAUCCCAGAUCUGUCCUUUUAGUAAUGAAUCCUAUAGAUGUUGUUGUUAGGAUCUAAUUUUAGCUUUUCUUUGUCCCCCUUUGUUUCAUUACUAAAAAUUCUCGAAUCUCCAGAGGAAAUAUCUUUCUUUUCCUUUAUUAAGAACAAGAAAGAGAAAGAAAAAAGCCAAAACCAUCAGUGUCUUCUUUAUUGCUCAACAUAGUUUUAAGUUAAAAAACUACUUUCAAGCUUUUGCAGAGUGGGAAUAGAUGGGAAGUUGUUGCCAAAAAUGAAAUGUAAUGUUCUUGCCCUCAAUGUGAUCAAUGAUGGUGGUUUAGAAGGCAAUGGUUGCUCAACCUAAAGCAAAUGGAAACCAAUGGUACUAAUCACCAUUCCCAUGAAAAUCGCCCUUCAACGGGUUCAAAUAAUGCUAACAGAGGUCAAUCCACUGAGGAGGAGGUUUUUGUUAACCAGGCUCAAAUGACUUGGCAUGAGGUUAGAAGACAGUGGGCCGGGGAUCAGUCUCAAAAAUCAAGAAGAAUUGCCAGGGAACCAAUAAUGAGCUGGACCACAACUUAUGAAGAUUUGCUUUGUUCGACCGAACGAUUUCAACAGCCUAUUCCAUUAGCUGAGAUGGUGGAUUUUUUAGUUGAUACCUGGCAUGAGGAAGGCCUCUAUGACUAGAAACUUGGGAGAAAUCAUUUUGGUUUGCAGAUUGACCAAAAUAGGCUGUACCCAUUUUCACUUUCAAAUUGAUCGAAUGAUAGAUUAUGUUAGUCGCUGGUUCUUGAUGGUGUUGGAGUUGAACAACACAUUGUGGGGUUUUAGCUCAUGUAUUUGACUACUCUUCUCGAUUAUAAUCUCCUCGUUUGAUAAAAUUUUAGCUGAUGGAUUGUGAGCAA